CAUUCAUAAAAUUUUAGAUUUCUCAUAUCACACAAACGAGCGCUUAACCUGUGGUGCACAACCACAAUCCAUGGACAUAAUUGCCCUAAUUGGAAACAACGGCAGCAGAGCAGCAGCUUCGGUAGCAUGGCACAAUUUACGCUCUACAACAAACACAGUGCUCCGCCCAACAACGACAUUCUUACACGCGUCGACUGCGACUGCGAGCAUGUACCGUUGUGUUCGAUUAACGAUGUUCAGCUAAGAUUUUUAGUGCCCGACGAUUUGACAGAGGUGCGAACUCUGUGCCAAGAAUGGUUUCCAAUCGACUAUCCACUGUCUUGGUACGAGGAUAUUACCUCAAGCACGCGAUUCUUUGCUUUAGCCGCUGUAUAUAAUCUGGCCAUAAUUGGUUUAAUUGUUGCCGAAAUCAAACCGUAUCGAAAUGUUAAUAAGGAGGUAAUAGCCAAUAACAGUGAUAGUGAUGAAUUUUACACGAGGCUCAGCGGUUUUCCCAUGCAGGACAAAGGCAUAUUGCCGGACUCGAUGGGUCGCAACGCGGAUGUGGGCUACAUAUUGUCACUGGGCGUCCAUAGAUCGCAUCGUCGCAAUGGGAUCGGUUCGCUGCUACUGGACGCACUGAUGAACCAUUUGACGACAGUCGAAAGACAUGCAGUUAAAGCAAUCUUCCUGCACACGCUGACCACAAAUCAACCUGCCAUAUUUUUCUAUGAGAAAAGAAGAUUUACGUUACAUUCGUUUCUGCCUUACUAUUAUAAUAUACGGGGCAAGGGCAAGGACGGUUUCACCUACGUGACCUACAUAAAUGGCGGUCAUCCACCUUGGACACUAUUAGAUCACUUCAAGCACUACGCAUCAAAACUGCGCCAUACGGGCAGCCUAUGCGUGUGGAUAUCAUCCCGUAUACAGCACAUGGUGCGUUGGCUCUACCACAAGCUGCUAACACGCUUCAAUGUCAUUGAAUGAGCCAACGUGGACUGCACCAGCAUCAAACACCCUUCCGACUCAAUAGAAGAUUGUACGAUUAAGUGUGUGUUCCAUAUUCCAUCUGUAAUCAUCAUCCACGACUACACACCAGCUUCAUUCUAAAUGUUAGGCGAGCCAAAUCAUUUCGUUUUGUAUACAGAAAAAGAAAAAAAAAAACAAAGAAAGUUUGUAAAAUAGUCUUAUACAUGUAUUAUUACGUUUUUUUUUCAAUAUGUUCACUGCUGUAAAUAGUCGUAUCAUGUUUUAUUUAAUAUGCUGUACAAGUGAUUUUUUAUACUUUCAUUUAUACUAUUUUUUAUAUAACCUUUCGUAUGUAAUUAAUGUUCUCUGUAGGUUCUUAUUAUCUUCUACGCACAAGACAGUCAGUUUAGUUAGCUUAGCGAAAACAAAAAACAAAGAUGCUCAUGCUUUACAGUUUAUUUUAUAAAUUAAAUUAAUGAAAACUGCACGAAAUAGCUUUGAGAACUGAUCAAACGAAAUGAUUAACGAAACGAAACGCAAAUCCUGCAAAUGUCAUUUCAAUAUAUGUUCGCUGUCUCUAUAGUAUUUUGUAAAAGUAUUUUCAAGCAAAAUGUUUCACAGUCGAUUCAUAUUAAUUUAGACACAAUUUACUUAGCGAAUUGUAAUAUUUUUUAAAUAAAAACUUGUAAAGUUACAAAUAUAAGCAUUAAA